AUGGCCGUCCUGUUACAGUCGAGGUCGCGAACGGAUGGCCAGAGCGUCUAUGAUGGUUCCGCUUCCGGCGUUGCUACCCUAGGGAUCCACGAACCCGUUCUUGAAGGCGUUGCAGCGCUGGUCCCCGCCCGAGGCGCUCAGUCUGUCCCUGAGACUUCAUCGCGGGAGAAGAAACACGCCUGCACCAUGUGUCACAAACGGUUUGAUCGUCCAAGCACCUUGAGAAAGCAUCUCCUUGUGCACACUGGCGAAAAAGCUUUCGUCUGUGAAAUCUGCGGUCGUCGAUUCGGUGUCGCCUCCAACCUUAACAGACACGUUAAACGCUGCGCCCUCAAGCCUGUCAACAUGGCCACCAACAAGUCUUCUCCAGAUUCAGCAUCCUGUGGUGAAGAUACUUCACCCCAGACUUCCCCUGUCGCCACGUCCCCUGAAAGUUCCGCUGCUCGCUCUCCAACUCUCCCCCAGAAGAGAGGCUCCAUUUCCUCUUCUUCGUCAUCCGCCACUUCGUCCUCUCCUCGAGGCAGGAGCUCCACGUCACCGAUCCAUGGACAAGCCGUCACCAACCUCGCGAAACCCACCAAGCGACGACGAAGGGCGCCUUCCCCAUCUCGAUGGGUCCCCCUCUCCCUGCUGUCGUUUAACCUCAUGCCUGAGGACUUCUAUAAAUCGGUUCAAGUCCCUCUGCCCCCUGUCAGGCGUAACUUGCCGAGGGAAGAGAGGGAUUCCUGGGAUGAGAAUUCGUCGCCGAGGCCCUAUCAUCCAGACCACUGGAAAGGUGUUCUUCCUGGCCCAGGUCUCCCACCCAACCAAGGCCUAAAAGCUAGGGAAGUCAGCAAGUUCAAUUUUGGAUCCGGAGGAGGAACGGCUAGUGCCUUCACCGUGGGGAAGGUUAUGGUUUUCUGAUAACACUCUCGGGAUGCAUCGCCCUCCUCUUUAUACCCUUACCCCUUGUUUGUUUUUCACGACAUAAGUAUCCGGCUCUUUGGAAGCUUUCAUCAUCGAUCUUUCUCUUUUUGUGGCAGGACUAGCCCAGACGUGUUCCCUUUAGGAUAUUUUGGAGGCUGGAGUCGGCGGGCUGGUUGUUCGGGCAAACGGUUUUCCGUUUUGGUUCCUCCGGGACCUUUACCGUAUAUUUCCAAUCUUCUUCUUGGAGAAAUACCUUAUUACGAUUUUGGUUACGAUCAGUAGCAUGACUUGUAUCAUUGAACGAACAUAGCCCUGUAUUUCCCAAUCUUGUAUCAGUAGCGUCAUCGACAGAGCCCUUGAAUGAUGACUUUUACCGCACUGUAAUUCUAUUAUCUUGAUUA